AUGUUCCCGAACUUGCUUCCCAAUGCUCUGCAGUAUCUCCUGGCAUCCUUCCUGUGGUCGAAGGACAGCCCGUCGCAUGCAACACCUCCGCCACUACGCUUUGAGCUGCGCCACAUACACGCGCUAGCGAACUCGUCGCGAAUCGUCUUCUCCGACGUACGCCUUGGGUCAUCUAACUUCGCCGCGGAAGACUACGGAGUCAGCACCAAGCCCGUGGCCGUACACAGACCGGCCUCGCACGCUUCAUUCUCGAGCGCACGAUUCAGGGGCUUGACGAACAUAUCAUGGGACGAGGUCGAAGUAGUGGGGCCGGACAUACAGGAUCGGGAUACCUUGUUGACGUUGGCGAAGAUGACGAACAAUGCAUACUCCGAGCCGACGGAUAGCGAGUGGUACGACCUGGGACCGGACUGGAUUAACGAUACCUACCCAUUUGGCUGGGAGCCAGAUGCGGACGGAUUCCGCGGGCACGUCUUUGCCACUCCGGACAACUCGACUGUCGUUAUCUCUGUGAAGGGCACCUCUGCAGGCUGGCUCGUGGGCGGCGGCGGGCCUACCACCAAGAAGGAUAAGGUGAACGAUAACCUGCUGUUCUCGUGCUGCUGUGCGCGUGUAGGGCCCACGUGGUCGCCCGUCUGCGGAUGCUACGAGGGCAGCUACAAGUGCGACCAGGGAUGCCUGGAGAAGUCACUCGCUGAGGAUAGCUUGUUUUACUCCGUCGGAACGAAUCUGUAUUAUAAUGUAACCUACAUGUAUCCGAACUCCAAUAUUUGGCUAGUCGGACACUCUCUUGGUGGCUCGCUCGCAUCGCUCAUCGGUGUCACCUUCGGUGCACCCGUCGUAGCUUUCGAAGCUCCCGGUGACAAGUUGGCUGCCCAGCGCCUUCAUCUGCCAUCACCUCCUUCCGUUCAACACAUCACGCAUGUAUAUCACACGGCAGAUCCCAUAGCCAUGGGUACUUGUAACGGUGUUGCCUCCUCGUGUGCCAUCGCUGGCUACGCCAUGGAGUCCAAGUGUCACCUCGGCAAGAUCAUCCGUUACGAUACGGUGUCCCAGCUAGGUUGGAGCGUUGAUAUCCGUACCCACGGCAUCAGGAUGAUUAUAGAGAAGUUGCUCGUGUCUGACUGGGAUGGAGGGGACGGCGACAACGGCACGCACAAAGCUGUUCCAGACUUGUUUCAGGAGGAGGAUUGCGUUGAUUGUUUCAAUUGGGAGUUUGGUGACUAUCGUAAUGUCUCGACGUCGUCGUGCGCAUAUAAUGGACUAUGA